UGAGAUUCGAGGAACCAGGUCUGGAAAACGAGGAAAACAACCAAAAUGUGAAUUAUUUGAAGGGGGAAGUGGUGAAGAGAGGUCACCUUUUUCAACAGCCCUACCAAGACACAGGACAACAUAUACUCCAAGACCUCUGAAAACUUUACAAAGCAGGAGAAUGACGACUACCGAAAUGCCAUUGAUUGUUACAGAAGAUUCAACAACAGUCCCUACUAGAAGAAGAACCACUACUACACAAAGAACAACUGCUCAGAGAACAACACAGAUAUUGACAACUACACAAACAACCACCACCCAACCGAUGCCAGUACCAACGACCAUAGAAGAGACCACAACACAGAUAAGCUGUGAACAGUCCUUUUAUGGCUGCUGUCUAGAUGGUAUCAAUUUUGCUGAAAGGAGUGAUCUCCAAGGUUGCCCAG